CUCUCAAGUCGGCUUCCUCCUUCUUUGCCAAGAAAAGCAACUCUGGUCCGGUGGAGGAUCUGGAACCCCCGUGGCAAGAACGAUCUCCGACGGCCCGGAAGCAGCGAUCUAUCGGCGGCAGCGACGGGCUUGGCGUCGGCCUCUGCCGCUGGACCGAAGGCAUGGUCCGCUUCCUUCCGCCUCAUGAGGCAAAUGGGAUGGGACGAAGGCGAGGCCUUGGCAAAGACGAAGAAGGCAUUAAGGACAGAAGCAUCGAAGGGAGAUGAUGCUGAUCAAAUUAAGUCUAGACAAGAUGCACUGGAGCAUGAUGUGGUCAAUGAAGAUACACAAAAAAGGAGAGAGGGGGAAGAUUGUGAAAGCAUACUCGGAAGACCUUCAAGGAAUUCUUGUAGAAGGCAGCAAGACAUUCCAUGGGUGAUGGUAGGAUGGUCAAAGUUUCCUCACAAGAACUGUAUUCCUGUAGCAGCAGAUUACUGUUAUGCGGACGUGGUGCAUCAGCAGCUCAAUCCCAGACUAGAAACUAUCUGGUACGCUGCAUUAGAUUGCAUGGUAAAGUAGAACUUAUCCGAGUACAAAAUUGUGGUAAAGCUGUGAGUUUUAAUCGAUUCGUUAUGGUUUUGUAAUCGGUGUGGAUCUUUUGUUUCCCAAAUAUUAAAUUGAUAAUUGUAUUAUGGUCUUCCUUUGAGACA